CAACGUUGCAACCAGCGCUUCGGCCUCACCACAUUGGUGUAAGUCUGCCCUCUUCUGAACGGAGCGCCGGUGGGCCUCUGAGGGACCUCUUGAGAGGGAGCUCGCACAUGAAGGCGUUUUGGACUCGGGUUCCGGUCAUGGAUCCAGUCAACAGCCAACAACAGCCAUUGCAAGCCUUUGCCUAUCCCUGGUAUUGGUCACGUAUUAAUUAACUCAAUGUGCUUAAACUGUCGCUAGCAUAUCGGACUGCCAGCUUGCAGCCACUGCUUGCGCAAGCGACCUUAGUGAGAUGUUAUCACUUCGCCAACACUGCACCGCAAGAGUGCUCUUAUCAUCUUGCUUAGUUUUACUGUAUGCGGCGGAAGGGUCGUCGGAAAGCUGGGAUGGUGUCCUGAGCUUUAUGAUGACGACUACGGAGGAAGAUUUGGCUAUCGGCGGUCCUUCGCCUUCAGCUGGGGAUCACGACGUGGCUGUGUUCCUCCAAUUAGCAGACGGCGCGGACAUCCCCCUUGCUGCCGGAGCCAUCGACCCGGUGCCAGCAGCUCUGCAGCUGGGGCCAGGGGCACGUGUGCGGGUGGUUGGGACGCUGCGGGCGGAGCCAGGCCAAGGCAGCAGCGCCGGUGUCGGUGGGACACAGGUUGCUGCGCCGGCAGCGCUGUUGGUCGAUGAGCUGUUUGCACUCGACUACCUCGCUGCCGCGGCCGCAGCUGGGGCCGGCGCCAGGCCGCUCGAAGCCAUUAGCUCCCUAGGCGGCGACGCAGGCGAUGCGGUCGUGGCAGUCCGCAAGCCUAAGGCAUCCGCCGCAGCCAUUGGCUUGCAGACAAGGGCCGCGGCAGCCGACGCCGCGGCCGCGGUAGACACGGCCGCGGUAGACACGGCGGGGGUGGUCGCAGUUGCGCAGGUGGCGCAGGGCCAGCAGGCGCAGGAGCAACUGCUGGCAACAUCGGAAGAGGAGGCCGCCGCCGUGGCGGUGGUGCCCACCGGCCUGGCAUCGCUGGUUCCCACCACCAGCAUCCGUGUGCUGUACCUGCUGCUGCGCUUCUGCGGCGACCGAGGCGCAGCCGCCACUCCCGAGCAAGUCCGGGCGACCCUGUUCGGCGACACCAACGCCACCACCACCAGUGUGGCAGGCCACAUGGGCUAUUGCGCCAACGGCCGCGACGUGCUACUGCCGGAGAACGUCAAUAUCCUAGACCAGGUGGUCAUCCCCUGCAACGGCACGCGCAACAGCCAGACCUGGAGCACCAGCAAGUGCAGCACCGCGGACAUGCUGGGCUGGGGCGACGCGGCCUCGGCAGUAGCGCGCUCGCGGCUGGGCGACGCGGCGUUCUCCAGCUACAGCCACGUGGUGCUGCUGCUGCCCAGCGGCUGGAAGGCUGUAGCAGACCCCUCCUGCGCCGGCGUGGUUGCCAGCGCCGACCUCAGCGUGCCGCGCGGCCGGCCCGGCGGCGGCCCCGGCUACGGCUACGUCUGGAUCACAGACGACCGCUACGAGAUGCGCAACGUGUACAUGCACGAGCUGUCUCACAAUCUGCGGCUGUGGCACGCCGGCGCCCCCGGCGGCUGUGACUACUGCGACCCCACCUGCGCCCUGGGCUACUGCUGCGGCCAGCGCUGCCCCAACACGCCCCAUCUCUGGCUGCUGGGCUGGGCGGGCCCCGUGGCGGGGGGCGGUGCCGUACGGCUGUCGGACAUGGCGGCGGGUGGCGGCGCCGUACGCUCGUACAGGCUGCCGCCGGAGCACACCUCCAACCGCUCGUUCGUCAUGGUGGACGCCACUGACUCGGACGGGGUCGGCCGGCGGCUGUUCCUGGGCUUCCGCCGCCGCCAACCGCCGUACGACUACGUGGACGGCGUGGACGACGACACCGUACACGUGUACAGCCACCUGAGUGGCCGCUACCGUACCGCCACUGCCGACACGCUGCGGCUGGGCACGUUGCUGCUGCCGGGCGUCACGCACCCCGCAGCCGUGGCGCCGGCAUUGGGCGACACCUACCGCGACAACGCCACGGGCCUGGUGUUCAAACUGCUCGCGGUGGACGCCGACGGCGCCUCCGUCACCCUCUGCCGGGCCGCGCCACUGCCCGCCGAGCCAGGCUCCUUCGACUGGGGCUCCUGCGACCAGCCGCCGCCUCAGCAGCAGCAGGGCGGCGGCGGCGACACCGAUGUGGCGGCUCUGGGCCAACAGGCGCCGCCGCCGUCGCCACGGCCGCCGGCACCGGCGCCACCCUCCCCUCCGCCGCCGCCCUCGCCUGCGCCACCUGCCCCCCCUCCCACGUCGCCGUCACCGCUGCCGCCCUCCCCGCAGCCACAGCCGCCGUCGCCAGCCCCGCUGCCGACGGUCCAGGCCGCGCGGCGGGCGCCGCCGCUUCCGUCCCUGCCUCCGCCACCGCAGCAGCAGCCAGACUCGGGGAGCAUUGAGUGCCGGUCACUCACCUCGCCCAUACCCUCACCCACACCCUCGCCCACAUCGGCCCGCCGCACGCCGCGACCCAAGCCGCCGCCUCGGUCGCCGCGCCCGCCGCCCAGGCCGCGGCCCCCGCCGCGACCGCGGCCGCCGCCGCCGCCUGGCGGCGCCAAGCGGCGCGCUCUCGGCAGCGUUGGUGUGGAUGUCGGCUUGGCAUCUGGGUUACAGGGCGCCGCAGCAGAGGGUGGGGUGCUGCAGCAGCAGCAGUCAGCUGCUGUGGGUGCGGGCGCGCUCGGCAGGCGACACCCUCGCUGGCGCUGAUGGGUGGUGACUGGGUGGCGGCGGAUGCAAAGGUGGAGGCUGGGCUGCUGGUUGACGGUUGGUGGAGGGCGGUGCAGUGGUUGGACGCUGGUACUGUGCUCAGUUUGGUCAGCACACUCCUGCAGCUAGUGUGUAUGGACCGUUAGAUUGGUGAGGCCGAAAAGGUUGGAAUGAUCCAAUGAAACGUUUCUCCCGUAGUACGAUUGAUUGUGUGUACACAUAGAUGCGGAUUCCAUUGUUUGUAGGCGCUGUUGUGCCGGCGAUGCCUAUCGCUGGGGAAGUUGCUGCUUCGUAUUGCAUGGGCCUGUUAGUACGAUUGCAAAUGGACAAACCCAUUUAGACCUUAGACGCAACGCACACAGGGGUGGCAUUCCUCAGUACACCCGCCUCAUUGAUUGCGCUAGCCGGGAUUGAAAUUGAUAGUUGUAUACCAAUGACCUGUUGGCACCUGAUAGCCACCACCAUAGCAAGCCUAGCACAGGUCUAGGUGCUUCUUGUUCAUGCCGUAUGCGUUGGCAGUGUUGGCAUUGUCAGUUUGGCACGCAGUUGGUUUGGGAAGCAGUGGUGCAGGUUGAGGGCCCGGGUGCGGCAGUGCGUGCGUGCAGGCUGUCAUGCAGCUGUCGCUGCCGCCCACCCGGUGUUGCGCCGCCAUAUGGUGCGGUUUCAGCGAGCACCCGGCGCUACGCACACGUAGACGAAAGGACGUAGGCAGGCAGCAGGCGAUAUGCAGGUCGAGGGCGGCAUACAGUCUAGCCUGGCGGUGGUAAGGCUGUGCUGGUGACGUAGCGCGGGCGGGCCUUUGCCCCAGCAGGGAAGGAAAGGCCGAGCACGUGCACUUAGUAGGAUAAGAUGGUGUGGGUAGAGCGCGGAGGAUGCGGGGUAGUGCGGGGGUGCUGUCGGUACACAGGCGAAAUACCCACUACAAGGGUGUCCUUGCCCCAGUAGACUGGGUUCUGGCCUGUGCCCGCACGCAUCUUGGCCUCACCUUGUUUGUCAGGGGAGGCAGGCGGGUGAAGCAUAUGAAGGAGGGGGCGGCCAUCUGGAACCGAUUGACGAGGCGGCGGCGGCUGCAUGAGCCCAAACAUGUACGGGUGCCGCACACUGAGGGCACCCACGGGACGUGCAGGGGAUUCCGCCCGGAGGGGUGCCUGCAGGUACCGUAGUUACGCGUGUAACUGCGUGAGCAC